CUCUCAAUAAGAUUGUCUUCGUUUUAAAGUCUCUAUCAUAUUUUCACCUUCCUUUGGGUUAAUUAUAUAUGAUGACUGACCCUAAUAAUCCCACCGAUGACCAUCCUUCUCAGCCGCCCAUACCAUCAUCCUUCGACCACCCAAACAUCCAAGUCCCACAUCCCUUGUUCACUCACACGUGCGAGGACCUGCCUUCCCCGUGUGACAAACUACCUCCUGCUGGAAAAUCUCCUAUGGCCUCCUCCUCCUCCCCCGGGAAACACCCAAUGUAUCGUGGAAUCCGGUACCGGAGCGGCAAGUGGGUCUCUGAAAUCCGUGAACCGCGCAAAACCACGCGUAUAUGGCUAGGUACGUACCCCACCCCAGAAAUGGCUGCGGCUGCCUAUGAUGUGGCAGCCCUAGCCCUAAAAGGCAGUGAGGCUGUUGUUAACUUCCCGGCCUCUGUUGCUUCUUAUCGGCUUCCUGUUUCUACAUCAUCGGCGGAUAUACGGACAGCGGCGUCAGCUGCUGCUUCACUUAAAAAGGAUGAAAUGAAAAGUGGGAUUAAUAUUGGAACAGGUGAGUAUCAUCAGGCAAAAGAUCGAGAAGAAAUGAGCAAAGAAGAAUAUGUGGACGAGGAUGCCCUUUUAGACCUGCCUAAUUUGCUGGUUGACAUGGCGCAGGGAAUGCUGGUGUCGCCACCGAGGAUACGCUCGACGCCAUCCGAUGACUCGCCGGAGAAUUCCGAUGGAGAAAGCUUGUGGAGCUAUUAAUUGAUCCAUAUUUUUUGGAUUUUUUAAAUUCAAUAAAUUAGGAGCUUGAGUUUGACGAAAUGAAGUAAGUAGGGCAUGGCUGCAGGCAUUUGAUGCAGCUUUGAGCAUAAAACUUGUCUGCUUCUGAAAAAAAAAACUGUUAAGUAAAGGAACCCCCCCCCCCCCAAACAAGAAAAAAGGAUUUAUUAAUGAAUGUGUGAUACAGUGAUUUGCAACACGUAAAAUACUUUGGGAUUUAAGCCGUUGGUUAGGGUUCCCAGAGCUUUUUGAGAUAUAUAUAGAUAAAAUGAUGUAAUAUUGGGUUGUUUGUUUCUUUUUCUCUUUGUUUUUGAGAUGUUCUCACACUUUCUUAC